AUGACAGGCACGACGGAUAAACCGGGUAGGGAGGAUAAAUCGGAACGACCGAAUCGAGAAGCGGCCAGCACGACGCUAGCAGGCCGCCUUGCCCGAUGCGGCAUAGCAUCGAAGGCAGAUAAGGCCAAGCCCGCCAAGAGGAAAUUUCGGCGGGUGGGGCCCGCUACCCUACGCCAUCUGCACGGGGCUCGCGUGGGCGGCACUAGGCGCGAUCGGGGAAGUAGCUACGACGGAGCUGCCAACUUAGCUGGCCCUGCUCACAGCUCGCCCGGGCGAGGGUCGCGCGAGGCAUCAGGGGGCGUGGGAACAGCGGCACACCAGAAGCCCGGCACCAUGAUUCCGUGCAGGAGAAAAGGUCGGGGUGCAGGGGCAAUCGCGUCCCAGACUCCCAGGGCAGCGCGGCUCCCGUGCCUCACAUCGCUGGCCCUGCACCAACAGCAGUCAGUUCCCGAGCCUGCCCGAGCGGGAAUAAUGUGGAUGUAG